UGACAGGCGGCGAGGCCCAUGGGCUUAGAAAGAAACGAAACGAGACAAUAGCCAUUGACUCAACUAGACCACCGGAAACCAAGAGAGAGGAGAGAGAGAGAGAUGAAGAAGCAAGCAAGCAAAGGGAUCUGAAAGUUGAAGUAAAAUGGACGGAGUAGCUGAAGGACUAUGGGAACUAGCAGAUUUACACGAAAAAAAUGGCGAAAUUGCGAAAUCAGUGAAGUGUCUGGAAGCCAUUUGUCAAAGCACCGUAUCGUUUCUUCCAGUUGUUGAAGUGAAAACUCGUCUCAAAAUCGCUACUCUGCUUCUCAAGCAUUCGAAUAAUGUCAAUCAUGCUAAAUCUCACCUUGAACGCUCCCAACUACUCUUAAAGUCGAUCCCCUCAUGCUUUGAGUUGAAGUGCAGAGCUUAUAGCUUACUAAGCCAAUGUUACCAUCUUGUUGGAGCUGUUUCUUCUCAAAAACAGCUAUUAAACAAGGGAAUAGAACUUACUGCAUCCUUUGGGGAUGGGUUUUCUGGGAAGUUAUGGUCAUGCAACUUCAAUUCACAGCUUGCUAAUGCUCUCAUCAUAGAAGGCGAUUAUCAGGCUUCAGUUUCUGCUCUGGAGCAAGGUUAUGUUUCUGCAAGCGAGAUGUACUAUCCGGAGUUACAGAUGUUUUUUGCAACUUCUGUUCUGCAUGUACACCUCAUGCAAUGGGAUGAUGGAAGCUUAGUUGAAGGUGCUGUAAGUCGAUGCAAUGAUGUUUGGGAAUCUAUUGACUCAGACAGGAGAGAACAAUGUGUUGGCCUAUUCUUCUACAAUGAAUUGCUGCACAUCUUCUAUCUACUCCGUAUAUGCGACUACAAGAACGCCGGUCAACACGUUGACAAAUUAGACGCUGCAAUGAAGACCGAUUUAGAAAAAGUGCAACAUGCGCGUGAGCUCAUAGAAGAACUCAAUAUCGUCAACGAAGCUGUCUCACAAUCCGAUCUACCCCAUAGAGAUCGGGCUACGUUAAGUUCGAGGCGAAUUCAACUUGAAGUCGAAAUCAGUAAUUUGAUUGGGCCUGGGUCCAUGGGCCAAGACGUGUUGGAACCUGCGUAUUUUGGUAAUGUGAAACGGGAUUUGGGGGAUAAGCUUGAGUUAGCACCUCAUCCCAUUGAUGGUGAGUGGCUACCGAAAAGUGCGGUUUAUGCGUUGGUUGAUCUUAUGGUUGUCAUUUUUGGCCGCCCGAAGGGACUUUUUAAGGAUUGUGCAAAGAGAAUUCAAUCCGGGCUAAAUACUAUCAAAGCGGAGCUGGUGAAAUACGGAAUAACUGAUGGUACAGCUGAAGUGGAUUUGCAGCACUCUGCGAUUUGGAUGGCUGGAGUGUAUCUAAUGAUCUUGAUGCAGUUUCUUGAGAAUAAAGUAGCCAUAGAACUCACUCGUUCAGAAUUUGUUGAAGCGCAAGAGGGGUUAUUGGAGAUGAAGAGUUGGUUUAAUCGUUUUCCCACAAUUUUACAAGCUUGUGAAAGCAUUAUAGAGAUGCUCAGAGGGCAAUACGCUCAUUGUGUUGCUUGUUACAGUGAAGCUGCUUUUCAUUUUGUUGAGGCAGCAAAGCUGACUGAGAGCAAAUCAGCACAAGCUAUGUGUGAAAUUUAUGCAGCUGUGUCUUACAUAUGCAUUGGUGAUGCAGAUUCCUAUGCAAAGGUUUUGGAGUUGGUUGGACCAAUUUACCGAACAAUUGAUUCUUUUGUUGGUGUACGUGAGAAAACUUCUGCUCUUUUAGCAUAUGGUUUUCUUUUAAUGAGGCAGGAGAAUCUACAAGAAGCACGGAUUAAAUUGGCAAGUGGGUUGCAGACAACACAUACGACUAUAGGAAAUCUUCAACUAGUGUCACAAUAUCUAACAGUUCUUGGAAAUCUGGCACUAGCCCUUCAUGAUACUGGUCAAGCCCGAGAGAUCUUGAGGUCUUCCCUUACAUUGGCAAAGAAGCUUUAUGAUAUUCCAACUCAGAUUUGGGUCCUAUCAAACCUCACCGCAUUGUAUGAGCAAGUAGAUGAAAAGGAUAAUGAAACGACAAAUCGGGAAUAUGAGAAGAAAAAGGCGGAUGAAUUGCAAAGACGACUUUCAAAAGCACGUGCAUCCGCUCAUCAUCUUGAACUAAUUGAAAAAACAAAAUUUCAAGUCAGAAGACUAAAUGAAACUGAUAUCAAGCGAGCAAUAGCCGGGCCAUCAAUGAAAGUCGAUCUCGACAUUCCAGAAUCAGUUGGAUUAUCAUCAUCUGCACCCAGACCUUCAUCAAGGCUCAUGGAUGUAGAUAUUGGCAGACGGGUGACCCGGAGAGGGUAGUUCCUGUCUUGUUCACGUAUCAUCUGUUAUGUUGUAGAAGAAGCGUAUGCUAAUCUUGUAGAUUUGUCUCUACUAAUUAAUUAAGGUUUAGAGCAUAUGCUAAUUUGUAUAUGAUUUUAGGGACCAUGUACUGUUAUGUCAGAUGUAAAAUUCAAAUUCCGAUAAUGAUUUGUGUGGAAAAAGGGACGUACAAUAUCAUAUAUUAUCUACUCAAGCUCUCUCAAAAA